AUGACAUCUGAAUCAACUGUGAACCUAUUAAACCAAGCAUCAGGAUAUGGCGUUCUAGUUGGCGUUGGUGGUGGCUUUGCCCUCGGUAUGGUCCUCGUGACAAACCUUUUACGCAAAUACUUGAAAGAAGACAAUAAUAGUACUGAAACAUUUGCCGUUGCAAACAGAUCUGUGGGCCCAUUGCUUAGUGCCUCAGCAGUUUAUUCCAGCUGGAGUUGGGCCGAUGAAUUACUUUGGACGACAACAAUGGUGUACAAUUAUGGUGUUCAAAGCAGUUAUUUCUACAUGUCAGGGUUAGUUAUUCAAAUCACCGUUAUGUCAAUGGUGGGUAUCCAUGCCAAAAAGAAAAUCCCCAAGGCACAUACAUCGCUCGAGAUUGUUGAGUUGCGGUAUGGCAAAGCAGCUCAUAUUUUGUACAUGUUUCUUUGUCUAGUGACCAAUUUAGUGUCGUGCUCAAGUAUGAUUUUGGCUGCUGGUGGAGCCAUUUCCAUCAUUGCUGGUAAUUUACACAUUGUUGCGGCAACGAUUUUGACAAUUUUCUCCGUCUUGUGUUACUCAAUCUAUGGAGGAUUGAAGGCUACGUUUUUAACUGACUUUGUCCAUAGUUUGAUCUUGUUGAUUGUAUUGUGUUAUUUCAACACUGCCGUAUUGACAAAAGUCGGCGGGUUAGAUGAAUUGUAUGACAAGUUAGCCGCUUAUGGAGGCACGAGAGACAUUCCGGGCAAUUAUGCAAAUAGUGUUAUUACUGGGAAAUCCCAGGGGGCUAUUCUUUUCGGAUUGAUUUUAACGUGUGGUAAUUUCGGAUUAACGGUGAUGGAUAGUUCAUUUUGGCAAAAGACAUUUUCAGCGACACCACGAGCAACAGUGCCAGCAUACUUAACAGCGGCGCUGGCCAUCGUGUCCAAUGUUUGGCCGUUGGGGGCCAUCAUUGGUGGAGCGGCAAUUGCAUUGGAAUCUUCUCCUCAAUUCCCUACUUAUCCUCGUAAAAUGACUCAAUUUGAAAUUGAUUCCGGUUAUGCAUUACCCUACACUUUGAUGGCAACUUUGGGGAAAAGUGCUGUUGGUGGAUUGUUAUUGAUUCUUUAUCUUGCCGUGACUUCAACCAUUUCGGCUCAGAUGAUUUCGGUAUCGUCAAUUACCACAUUUGACAUCUACAAGAAAUAUAUCAAUACCAAAGCCCACAACAAGUCAUUGAUCUUUGUUUCGCAUGUGGCUUGUAUUAUUUUCACAUUUGGUGCCGCGGGAUUUUCACUCAUGUUGCAUUAUGUAGGGGUUAAUAUGACAUGGUUUGGAUAUUUCACUCCCUUGAUUAUAUGUCCUGGAGUAAUUCCAUUAAUCUUGUCAAUUGUGUGGGACCAUCAAAGCUGGUAUGCGGCUAUUAUAUCCCCCAUCGUGGGAAUCGUGUUUGGGUUUACCGUGUGGACAACAACAGCGUAUAAGUUGACAGGCCAAGUCAAUAUUACCACCUUGGGUGGUCAGCUACCAGCAUUAUAUGGCGCCUUAACGGCAUUGUUCUUGCCGGGGAUUACAAGCAUAUUCAUAUCCUUGGUUUAUCCGCAGAAGUUUGAUUGGCAAGUGUUACAAGAAGCCCAUAUUUUAGUUGAUGAAGAUGUGUCGAGUGGGGAUUCGGUAAAUGACUCAACCGAUGAGACCCAAAAUGAAGAGAAAAGUGAGGAACAUGAUCGUGGAAAGGUGGAUGUUGAAGUCAAUGUGGAUUCCGAUCAGUCUUCUUCUAAUAAUUUGGAAUCGCAACCACAACCUCAACAAAACCCCCUCUCGCAACAAUUAUCACCCAAGGAAUUAGACUUUUGGAUCAAGAUUUCAACCGGUGCUGUCAUUUUCGUCUUGUUAAUUAUGUGGGUAUUAUGGCCGUUACCUUUAUAUCGCGAUUGGAUAUUCACUAGAGAUUAUUUCAAAGGAUACGUCACUGUUGGUCUAAUAUGGUUGUACACUACAUUACUUGUUAUUGGAAUUGGUCCGUUAAUUGCUGGAAGAAACACAAUUGCAUUUAUUGUCAAGAGUGUUUAUCGAGAUUAUAUAAAGAGACGGUGA